CGGCAUGGUGGAAGUCAGCCACGAAGACGUGACGUACAUACGCGGCAGUGUACAGUGUACCAUGGCGUAGCUAUGGCAUAGUUAGUGGGAGAAACCGUGUAUGACCGUCCUCAGCCUGAGCCAGUCUCGUGUGAACGACCGUGAAGUGAACCUCGAAUGGUGCACGUUCAGGACCUUGAGUCCUUUUCGCGUUGCGACUCCGGAGCUUCAGGAUAACCAGCAGCUGCUGGUAGAGGACAGUGGACGAUCGCCAGUGCGCUCUUUAGUGAUCAUCCAAUUUUGCCAAAACGAAGAAGCUGACGAUUUGUUCUCGAGGAGAAAUUGAUCCAGAUUUUUCGUGAACCUUGUUCGGGAUGUGCCUUAUUCUUCAGUGUGAACAGAGUGUCGGCAAAUUUUACCGAGGUGUUUCGAAUGUGACAUCUUGUUGUUUGAACGAUAUUUAAUUUGUUGAAUAAUUUAUUAUUCAACAUUGACUUGAUUAUCAGAAGAGAAUGAUUAAUUAUUGCCUUCAAAACCGGAAUCAUCAACUUGAUAUAUUGUCGUGUUAUUCAGUACAGAAGGUACUUUAAAUUUCAAUUAAUUUAAGAAAUUCUUAUGCGACUUCAUAAUUGUGAGAUUGAAAAAUUGACUGACGCUUUCUAAAAGAAGAGAUUGUUAAAAUCUCUUUAAAUAUAGUUGUCAAACUGCCUUAAAUUUUGAACAAGUAAUUUACAAGUUUCUCUUUUCGGGAAUCAAAAGAAAGUUGCCUAAGAAAAAUUUUGACAAAAGAUAAAAGCAAUGAAAUUUUUUUAAAAAGAGAGCAAUUCAAAGCAAAUGAGCAAGAUAAAAUAAAUCUCAAUCAGUCUUGUUAAAUAGACUUCCGUCUCAUCUCAAUAUUGAGUUAAAAUCCGGCACGGCACAUUGGCCAAAAAUCUGACGUGUACACCGGUCUGAUCCGCCGCCAAGUAGGUCAACCGGCGUGUGCGAGAGUGCGAGACUGAGUAAGAGAAAAAAAGAAACAUCACAAGUGGCAGGAUAAGAAGUGGAGGAAAAGAGAGAGAGAGAGAGAGAGAGAGAGAGAGAGAGAGAGAGAGAGACAAGAGGGAAAAAGAAAGAAUGGCGUGCCGCAGGCAGCGCCCGUAAAGUCGGCUCUCCUGAUGUCCAGCGGCUCGUUGUAGACUUGUGAUCCAAAAUGGCGGAUGUCGGUAGGCACCACUGCUCGCUUCGAAUCGACGACGACCGGUCCGGGUGCGCGGAAUCCUGAAGAAGGUGUCCACGCGAUAUAUCGCGUCCUUGACAUUCGCAUCCUUUAUCUUGCUAGGAAAAGCGCAGGAUUGCGAGAACAGUCAUCAGAUGAUCAUGGCGGGUCCUAUUGGGUCGAAGGUCCUCGUGACCUUGAUGAUCCUUGCACUGUCCGGAGUUUUGGCCAUACAAAACGAUAAAACAUCCUCUCGAACAUCUCGGGAAAAUAUCGUGUUGAGUGCUAGCGCUUACACCGGCCCUGAAAAAACAUCCAGUGAGAGACAGCCGGAUGAGUCGCGGACUUUCCAAAAAACCAUGCCAGCGUUCCAAUUGGAAAGUUCGAAACACGUCAACGAUUACGACAGAGAGGAGAGCAGGAUUGUGUUCAAAGAUGCAAGUCGCGAUGAGUCUAUCGACGAACUAACGUCGUCAAAGCACGUGGCUCAUAUCGACGGUAAUAACAUCGAGGCGAAAGCCGGCGAGUACUAUCAUAGCAUAGUGCCCACCACCAGCCAGUCGAUGCCGGGGGAAGGACAAGGGGCUCCGCUGAGAGUAGAUCUCCUGUCGGAGCCCCAUCAGCUGGUUGGCGCGCCGAGGCAACGAGAACAGCAUUUACCAGUAACGGAUCAGCAGCGGCGAGGUCGUCAAGAGAUUCCGAGGAUUUAUAGCGAACACGCGCCACCGCCGAUCGUUCAAACUGCCUCAACAGGUCACAGACAAGCAAACCCCGAUAUACAGGAUAUUAUCACCGGCAUCGUCAAGUUGCUCAAUGGCAAUGUAAACGUAGCCGCGAACACCGUGAGGCCAAUGAGGCCGAUACAAGCCACGAGAAUCAACAACAGAGGACCACCGAGAAUAUCGGAUGUACCGCCGUUGCUGUCGGACUUUGACACUCCUGGCAUGAAUCCACCACCAUUGCCGACGUCGUCUCAUCCUUACCCGUUCGAAAAGCCCCCUGCACCUGACAGACCAUUGUUGCCACCGGAGAGACCCAUUAGACCCUUCAUCAGCGGAGUGCCAUUACCAGAGCAAGUUGUGCCGCCAUGGAGUUGGGACUCUUCUCAUAAUGGAAACAGACGACCGACACCAUCUUAUAAACCUUCAUUACCAUCGUUGGAUUCUUCCAUCCAUCGCGACAAAAACCUUUCAACGACGGAGAACUCGCAGUAUGAUUUAAAACCGGAAUCCGAAACGCCUCAAGAGAGCUCUACGAUAAAGAAAGAUGCCAGUCAUCAAGAAGCACUUAUCAAAAACGACGAUACUAAGAAUCACACGAGCAAUUCUAGCGUUGGCAAAGAUCGAGUUGAAUCCACAGUGACGACCAAUGAUUCAGCUAUCCAAAACGCAACGAAAAAACCCGAACCCGAAGAGUCAACAAAGAAGCAUAAUAUUAUAAUUCACAAGUAUCAUAUACCAUCGAAGGAAAACAAGAUCAACAGCGAGGAGACGUUGUUGCUCGGUCUUCCUACCGAUUUUACUUCGACGUCCUACACGAUACGACAUCCAGAGUCUUCGACAGUACCUUCGGACAGUCAAAUUAAAGUUACGAAAUCUUCGAAAAGCGAAGAGCAAGUGUCCGCGACGUCGAAGGGUGAAAAACCAAUCGAGAAGACCACCUCGACUAUCUCAAAGACUUUUUCGACUAGCACCUUGAACAUCGAGACUAGUUCGUCGGUCCAAGUGAUCGAAUCUGUGCCGACGAAAGUCAUCCUACGACCGUCCGCGACUACCGUGAAAUCAAGUAUUGAUACUAAGUUCGGUGUGAGUUUGGAGCCUAGCGCAUCAGAUAACUUUGAAUACAUGGAACCGACAGCCAGCGUAUCGACGCCGACCGAUGGUCUUCCUACAACUUACUCGAAGAAUUUGGCCACGAUAGAAAAGAACGUUCAUCCUUCGACUUCGGUAUUCACAAAAAAUACAGGAUCCACUGAACGUUAUCGCCCACGACCUGGAAUUGUUUUGGACGAUACUUUGGAUUAUACUGGAGCGCAAGGAUUGCCAAGUCAGAGACCUUAUGCACCUUCGAGACAUCCAGCCCCUGGUGAUAUUUUUGACGUAACAGUUUCGGCCAUUCAGGGACCCGGAGGAAGUUCCGGAGGGAGCAUUAGAGUGUCUUUAAACUCUGGCGGCGGUGAUGUUAUAUUAACUUCUGCAGUGGGCGGAGAAGGUUUCGUGAGUAUUGACGGCAAAAGAACAUAUAUGAAUGUGUUCGAUAACACGGAGCAAAUCGCACCCACCCAUGUACAACCGCAACCAACUCGAACUCAACCGCCGCCCGUCCUCGGUAGUGGUCUCGCCAUUCCACAACCGGAUGCUCCUGUUGCCACUUCCCGUCCGAAUGGAUCAAACCGAAGGCAGCCACCGUAUCGAAGACCUACACAGCCACCUGUCAGAAUAGAUACUUGCAUUGUGGGCGAUACGAGUACGUGCGAUGCAAGUCAACAUGAAGCUUGCGCGACCGUUCAAGGGGUAUCGGCUUGUCAUUGCAAGCCAGGAUAUGCGAGAUUGCAGCAUUCGCUUCCAUGCAAAAAGAUCGUCAGUAUUGUCGUGUCAAUUAGAGUUGACAAAUUUUACGACAAGAAGGUCGUGUGGGAUCGAGGAUUAGCUGACAAGGACUCGGAAUCUUAUCAAACCCUUGCUUAUGAGGCCAAUAGAGCUAUUGAGUCUGCCAUGUCUAUGACACCAUUUUCGGACGAGUACAUGGGAUCGCUGAUAAACAACGUUUAUCAUGGUGACGUAAGCCAAGGACAAGGCGGAGUUUUCGUGAAUACAACCCUGAAACUCAUUUACGAAGCGAGAACGAUUAGGUCAAGUUUAGCCGGUGAACUUCAAAGGCAUCUGCUAGGUGUUAUUCAUAGAAGAAAUAAUAACAUUGGAAACAGUGCCCUGUACGUGGAUAGCCCACCGGGAUCCAUAUCAAAUUUGCAAGAUCUGGAUGAAUGCGCUUCGUCGGAUCUGAACGACUGCCAUUCAUCCGCCAGUUGCACUAAUACCUUCGGCAGUUUCACGUGUUCCUGCAAUUCAGGAUUGAAGGACCCUCAUAAAAACGAUCCUAAUGAAUCUGGCAGAACGUGCCUGUCGUGUCCCUCGACCUAUUGCAAUAAUCGCGGCACUUGCUCUUAUCAGGGAGAUCAGAUGCAUUGCACGUGCACCGGCAAUUAUUACGGCGCGCAAUGCGAGGUCGACGGUGAGGUCUUGGGCGUUGCUAUAGGCGCAUCCGUGGCCGCGUUAAUAAUCAUAGUUCUAACUCUAGUCUGUCUCGUAAUGUGGAGUCGUAAAUGGUCUCGCGAGCAAAAGUCUGCGGGUUCUCCGGUAUACGGUUAUAUCCAAGGUGGAAUACCUGGUACUCUUCCAGGAACUUUAGCGAGGGUCGGUUCUGUAGGCACUCUAGCGUCCGUAAAACAAGGACCGCCGACGAAUUUGCCACCGUACAUGUGGGCUCAUUUUGGGGAGCACAUGGCUACAGCGAAUCUCUAUGCGACCGAACCAAUGGGUCCUACGCGACCGAGCUCGGCGAUGUUCGGUUAUCCACCUAUGAGCGUUCACGGAACGUUGCCUCCGGUCCCAUUACCGCGGCUUCAGGCCCCAUUACGGCCGAGACAAAGACCUCAACCAGAUCCGGAUAGCUCGGAUUCUGAACCGCAAGAUAAGGACAGAGCUGACCUAAUUCCUCAGAGCAGUGGUUUUCACGUGCCGAGGCCAAAGUCGAGAUCUUCAUUAGCGAAUCAAAGCGGUAUCUACAAUGACGUGGAGUACGAUCAGGGUGACGUUCAUCAUUUAUCAAAGAACAAUAUCCCAAUGUCCACCUACAGACCGUACUACCGAACGUGAAAUUCACAUCGCGAGAAGUACAUUCGUGCGUAUCUGUCACGGGACGGUACUAAAUAACCUAUCGCGAAUUUAUCGUCUAAAGUGCUCAAUAAAUAGUGCAUUAGGACACGUGUGGUGUGAUGUUGCUACAGCUUCCGCUGGUGUGAAGUAAUCCCGCGGUAGAAGCUGCGAGUCGUCUGAGCAAACGUACCGAACACAUAUGGAAGAUUUGCACACACGAAGUGGUAGUGAGCCUAUAUCUAUCUGCCUGUAUUAAGCGGAUUAGAUAUUGCUCGCUCGUGUUCUUGUAGUCACGCGAUAUCGUAUUUGCGAUAGAUCGAUUAAUUCUUAGCGUGAUACGCAGAUAUUUAUUAUUCAGUUAUGUUAUUUGAAUUUAGAUAUUUUGCAAAAUUCAAAAGUUCACUUAUGUUAGAUAGUUUUAUUGCGAAAAACUUAUAUGCAACGACUGCAUAUAUUUGAUUAUUUUUAACUAACUCGUUAUCACUGUUAGCUCAAUACUCAGUAAAGGUUAAUUUACAAUAUGCGUUUUGCUUCUUGUUUUUAACUUUUUGCAAAUUACUUUUUUGCCCCUUCACGCAUUAUUUUAUCAACAAUCGUGUUUCUCGUAUCUUUCGGAGCUCGUUAACUUUUAUCUCGCCAAGUUCAAACAGUGCGCGAAAAGGCAAGAAGACGAUAGAUUAAAAGUAAUUUAAAAGUAAGAAACAAGGUAAGAGAAAAGUACAUUGUAAAUUAAUCUUAAAAAUAAUUUAUAAGAGCAAAUAUAUCGACUGUUUACGAUUAGUUAUAAUUGUUAAGUAGAAACUAACUGUUGCGUUAUGAAUAUUAAUUUAGUACAGAAGAAUUUAAUUUUUAUGUUAAAUUACUUUAAGAAUUUUUUUAAGAUUAUAAUUGUAUUAAUAUAAUUACGAUUUAUUUAUUAAAAUCUUUUUGAAAAAGGUACACUGAGAUCUAAGGGCAGUAAAUAAUUAUUUUCUUACGCAUCAUGAGAUAUUAGUAUUUUGAUUCAUUAAGCACUCAUUGUAAUUAUUGUAUUGUAAUUAUGUUUU